AAAGAGUUUGCGUACCCACCAAUAGCGUGGGAGCUGGUUAUUAGCCGGGGCAGCAGGGUGACGGCGAAGGUGGCUUUGGUAGGGAGGUAUCGGCGAGGGAGAUGCCUGACUUGUCGCAAAAACCUGACGUAGUGUUUGAAGAAGAUGAUCUACCUUAUGAAGAAGAGAUCAUUCGCAACCCCUACUCCGUCAAAUGCUGGAUCCGUUACAUAGAGUACAAACAUUCUGCUCCCAAACAUAUGGUGAACAUGAUCUACGAACGAGCACUCAAAGAACUUCCUGGCAGUUACAAGCUGUGGUAUAAUUACCUGAAGCAGCGACGGAAACAAGUGAAGGGGAAAUGCAUCACAGACCCUGGGUAUGAGGAGGUUAACAACUGCCAUGAGCGUGCCCUGGUGUUCAUGCACAAGAUGCCGCGAAUUUGGCUCGACUACUGCCAGUUUCUGGUCGAUCAGUGUAAGAUAACACGAACCCGCCGCACGUUUGACCGUGCCUUGCGGGCUCUCCCUGUGACUCAGCACUAUCGCAUAUGGCCCAUGUACCUGAAGUUUGUGCGCCAGUUUCCAGUGUCCGAGACAGCAAUCCGAGUCUACAGGCGUUACCUGAAGCUGUCACCUGAAAAUGCAGAAGAAUACAUUGAUUAUCUCCGCUCAAUCGACCGCUUAGAUGAGGCAGCUGUCCGGCUUGCUGCUGUUGUCAAUGAUGAAUCAUUUGUCUCAAAGGAAGGGAAAUCAAAUUAUCAACUGUGGCAUGAACUUUGCCAUCUCAUUUCCACAAACCCAGACAAAGUAAAGUCUCUGAACGUUGGGGCUAUUAUCCGGGGAGGUCUCACUCGCUUUACUGACCAACUGGGAAAGCUGUGGUGUUCCUUAGCUGAUUAUUACAUUCGAAGUGGCCAUUUUGAAAAGGCCAGAGAUGUGUAUGAGGAGGCAAUUCAGACGGUGAUGACUGUCCGAGAUUUCACUCAGGUGUUUGACAGUUAUGCCCAGUUUGAAGAGAGCAUGAUUGCAGCCAAAAUGGAAACUACUGCAGAAAUGGGACAAACUGAGGAAGAUGAUAUUGACUUGGAGUUGCGAUUGGCUAGGUUUGAGCAGUUGAUAACCAGACGUCCCCUCCUUUUGAACAGUGUACUUCUUCGUCAGAAUCCACAUAAUGUACAUGAGUGGCACAAGCGAGUUAAACUGUAUGAGGGAAAGCCACGAGAGAUAAUAAACACAUACACAGAAGCUGUGCAGACAGUUGAUCCAAUGAAGGCUACUGGAAAACCACAUUCCUUAUGGGUUUCAUUUGCAAAGUUUUAUGAAGAAAAUGGACAAAUUCAAGAUGCACGGACUAUAUUUGAAAAAGCUACAAAGGUAAAUUUUAAGCAUGUGGACGAUUUGGCCGGUGUUUGGUGUGAAUACGGGGAAAUGGAACUGCGCCAUGAAAAUUAUGACGAGGCACUCCGAUUACUGAGGAGAGCAACUGCAGUACCAGCAAAGAGGGCCGAGUACUUUGACUCGACAGAGCCUGUCCAGAACAGGAUCUACAAGUCGUUGAAAGUCUGGUCCAUGUUAGCAGAUCUGGAGGAGAGUCUCGGCACUUUCAAGUCCACAAAGGCCGUGUAUGACAGGAUUAUAGAUCUCCGAAUUGCUACACCUCAAAUCAUCAUCAAUUAUGCAAUGUUCUUGACAGAACACAACUACUUUGAGGAAAGUUUCAAGGCUUACGAACGAGGGAUCGCCCUGUUUAAAUGGCCCAACGUGUAUGAUAUUUGGAACACUUACCUAACCAAGUUCAUUGAUCGGUAUGGUGGGAAGAAACUCGAGAGGGCACGGGACCUGUUUGAGCAGGCUCUGGAUGGAUGUCCACCAAAGUUUGCAAAAACUCUCUACCUGUUGUAUGCCAGGCUGGAGGAGGAGUACGGGUUAGCCCGACACGCCAUGGCUGUGUACGAGCGAGCAACUAAGGCAGUGGAGCUGUUGGAGCAAUACGAGAUGUACAACAUUUACAUUAAAAGAGCAGCUGAAAUUUAUGGAGUUACUCACACACGGGGCAUUUAUGAGAAGGCAAUUGAGGUGCUGCCAGAUGAGCACGCCCGAGACAUGUGCCUGCGAUUCGCUGAUAUGGAAUGUAAGCUGGGAGAAAUCGAUCGGGCAAGAUCCAUUUACUCCUACUGCUCUCAGCUGUGUGAUCCAAGGAUAACACCAUCAUUCUGGCAGACCUGGAAGGAAUUUGAAAUCCGGCACGGAAAUGAGGACACAAUUCGGGAGAUGUUGCGGAUUAAGCGUAGUGUGCAGGCCACGUACAACACCCAGGUCAAUUUUAUGUCCUCACAGAUGCUGAAAGCCUCCACCAAUGCAACAGGCACAGUGUCUGAUCUGGCUCCAGGACAGAGUGGAAUGGAUGACAUGAAGUUACUGGAGCAGAAGGCACAACAGAUAGCUGAAGAGGCUGAAAGAGAACGACCAAAACCCAAGGACAAAAUUCUGUUUGUCAGGAGUGAUGCGUCUCGUGAUGAACUUGCAGAGCUUACAAAGCAGGCUAAUCCAGAUGAGAUUGACAUUGAUGACGAUGACGACGAUGAUGGUGAAGAAGAACCUGAUGAGGUACCACUCGAACAGAAAAUGGUCCCCACUGCCGUGUUUGGAGGUCUGAAGGAUGACUGAGCCCUGACUCCUUGCAGAGUGCUCACUUGGUCCCUCUCACAGCUGGAUAGGGUGUAUUUCAACAGAAGCUGCCAUUGCCAUGUAUUACUUAAGUUACUAGGCUGAACUACUGCAAAGACUUGCUGCUUUAAUGUGUGUUCAAGUUACCUACCUUGAAUUACCAGGCACUGACUUCACUUCUGUUGAACUGUGUGUCUACCGUAGGAUGUGUAGUGAUUUAAAUAAAGUUAAUUUCUUCCAACUGCA